GAGAAGGAGUCCGUCAAAGGAAGAGGCAGUGGGGAUUGCUGCAGGUAUUGCAGGGCGCGACGGGCCAUCAUGCCGACCACACAGCAGUCCCCGCAAGAUGAGCAGGAGAAGCUUCUGGACGAAGCCAUUCAGGCCGUCAAAGUCCAGUCUUUCCAAAUGAAACGAUGCUUGGAUAAAAGCAAGUUAAUGGAUGCUCUGAAACAUGCCUCGAACAUGCUGGGUGAGUUACGGACCUCCUUGCUGUCUCCAAAGAGCUACUACGAACUCUACAUGGCUAUCUCCGACGAGCUCCACUACAUGGAGGUGUAUCUGACGGAAGAGUUCGCCAAGGGGCGGAAAGUGGCGGACCUCUAUGAGCUGGUGCAGUACGCUGGGAACAUCAUCCCGCGCCUCUAUUUACUGAUAACAGUUGGGGUCGUCUACGUGAAGUCUUUCCCUCAGUCCAGGAAGGACAUUUUAAAAGACUUGGUGGAAAUGUGUCGCGGGGUCCAACAUCCGCUGCGGGGCCUCUUUCUCCGCAACUACCUGCUUCAGUGCACACGGAAUAUCUUGCCUGAUGACGGGGAGCAGCCAGAGUAUGAGAGCCAAGGUGAAGAAACCACCGGGGACAUCAGCGACUCCAUGGACUUCGUGCUGCUAAACUUUGCGGAGAUGAACAAGCUUUGGGUGCGAAUGCAGCACCAAGGGCACAGCCGGGACCGGGAGAAGAGGGAACGGGAGAGACAGGAGCUAAGGAUCCUGGUGGGAACCAAUCUGGUCCGUCUCAGCCAGCUGGAGGGAGUCAACGUGGAAAGAUACAAGCAG